CUGUUCCAAGUCACAUACUGCAUCUAGCUCUACAGUCUGCAACACCAACACUGUAUAGCACAUUGUGGUAUCUGAAUAAGUUUCUGAUGAGCAGUUGGAAGAAUCAGCAUAUGAAUGGAUGAAUGUGCCAUGUAGUGUAAAGUGCUAUGAGUGGUCUGAAGUCAAGAAAGGUGCCAUGCCAAGUGCAGUCCAUUUACCAUUUAUCAUGUAAUCUGAAAUAUUACAUACAAAAAGUAGGCUACACGAAACAACAUAGGUACAUGUGAAGACAUCAGUGUCAAGGAGAGCUGCACUAAUUGCUGUGCUAAUGAGAGGUUUGCUAAGGAAAUAAAGUAGAAGCAGGACAGAAUCACAGGCUUUUCCUGGCUGUGUGGGUGACACAGGCUUAAGUCAUCAAGAUACACAUUUUUCAACAGCAGCUACAGUAUCGAACCUUAAUGAGAUGGCAAUACAGGAAAAACGGGAAAACACAAAUGUUAUCCUAAACUAGAACUCAUUGAAGAGAAAGGAAAAAUUUCAUAACAUUAAUAACUGUGUUGUUUUUACAAGAUUCAACUGUCUGACUGUUUUUUUUCUUUUCAUAUUCAUCUCCCUUUUAGGAAUAUCAGAUAAUUAAGAAAUCAGCCCGCUCCCUGAGCACCGUUCAAGUGGAGUCUCCAUGGCGACUGGCACAGCCGUCCAUUAUCUCCAGUAUAGUGCUGAUGAAAGGCCAGGGCAAGGGCCUGGGAUUUAGUAUUGUUGGUGGACAGGACUCAGCACGUGGUCAAAUGGGGAUUUUUGUCAAAACUAUUUUCCCUCAUGGAGCUGCAGCAGCUGAUGGACGACUGAAAGAGGGAGAUGAGAUUCUGGAAGUGAACGGGGAGUCUCUCCAAGGUCUCACACACCAACAGGCUAUCCAGACCUUCAAGCAACUGAAAAAAGGCGUAGUGACACUGACGAUUCGAACUCGUCUGCGUAGUCCCAGCCUGACACCCUGUCCAACCCCCNCCCUCCUCAGCCGCUCCAGCUCACCCAACUCCAAUACCAGUGGGGGGACACCUAUCCCCUCAGGGUUUGAAGAGGCUGAUGGCCGCAGGGGCCCUGGUCCUGGUCCAAAAGACUGCAUCAUCAUGGAGGUCAUGCUUAAUAAAGAGCCUGGUGUAGGUCUUGGGAUUGGAGUUUGCUUCUUGACCCUGGAGAACUCUGCUCCUGGCAUCUACAUUCAUAGCCUGGCACUGGGAUCUGUGGCGAAGAUGGAUGGCAGGCUCAGUCGUGGAGAUCAGAUACUGGAGGUGGACUCGGUCAGUCUUCGUCAUGCUGCUCUCAGCGAGGCCUAUGCCAUCCUCAGUGAAUGUGGCCCAGGACCAGUCAGUCUCAUUAUAAGCAGGCACCCCAACCCCAAGGUAUCAGAACAGGAGAUGGAUCACAUUAUAGCCCGAUCCACACACAGGGACAAAAUGAGCAAAAAUCGACACUCAACUCACUCCCAAGGCGUGUCCUGUAAGAGUCCUUACCCAACAGUGAAAGACAGACAGAGAGAUGGAUCCCCUGCUCUCAGCUGGACCAUGAAGAGAUUCCUUGAGCCUGCCAGUAGACAGGGGUCCCUGAGCUCAGAGACAGAGUUAUCUCAGUACUUCUCCCAGGACGUUUCCAGCCAUUCGUUCCUGUCUGAGUCCAUGCUGAUGGUCUCCGACAGUGAUGAGGCGCUCCACCAGCAGAGCUGCAGCACCUCCACAGAUGACAACUCAUCACAGCCACAUGCAUUCCCCCUUUCUUUACCAGAAGUGGAGAGUGGCCCUGUGUACAACACGUCACAAGAGAAGACCCCUGUCCCUCUCAAUCACCACAUAGAGGCAGUGUGCCAGCCCACUGCUGUCUCCAGCCCCACCUUAGAGCGAAGCCCACUUCUCCGUCAGCGACGGAUGAUUUGCUUUGAGGAUGAGCUCAGUGAUUAUGAGUACUCCACCAAUGCUGGAAGCUCUGGGCUAUUCCACAGGUCAACAAAAUCUGACUCUGUGAACUCCAGUGAUGCCCAAGCAUCCCAAAUCUCCAAAACUGAUUCAACAGUAAUUGCUACAUCAUCAUUAGAUGUAGACAGUGACGAUGGUGGGGACUUGCAGAAGUGUGAAAGCAAUGAUGUGACACCACCACUUUAUGGUAGUUUAUCACAGUGUGAGGAAGGUAUCACAAGUAAGUCUGAGUCACAUGGUUCUGAGUCACCCUUCAUGCCUAUUCGCUGCCUUUUUGACCACAAAGCAGGGGUCACAAGCAGUAUGGGUUCUGGGUCCAAUAAUUUGACCAUCAAUAGUGAAAUCUAUACAAAUCAAGAUGAUGGUCAGUUGGAGUCAAAGCGCUCCCCCAAGCUUGAGCAUAAAGCAGUGACGCGGGUCAAAAGUAUGAUGAGCACUGAAGCACCUAUCCUGCCCCAGCAGCAAAAGUCCAAAAUUGAUGAACCAACUCAUGGCUUGGUCCCAAUUCAGCCUCCAUCCCAGGCCACGCUGUGUGGAAGAAACCCCAGGAUUGCUGGUGGGAUGUUAACCCAACAGCACUGUCCGAAAGGAGAUGCCAGUGAGCUUGUGGGUGUUUGUACCACCGACUCUGUGAACCUGUGGAGAAGAGAGGAUGAGUCCUUUGGGCUUGACCUGGAGAUCAUGUCACCCCCUCUGAAAGUUUUCAUCGCGGGAUUAAGGCCUGGAGGCGCAGCAGAAAGGGAAUCUUCAGGCAAGUUGUGUCCUGGAGAUGAGAUUGUGAAAAUUGGAGAAAAUCUGGUGUGCUCCUCUAGCUACCAAGAAAUCUGGGAGCUCAUGCUUAACCUUCCCAUGACACUGUCAUUGGAAGUUAAGAGACCAGUUUCAGGAUCCACCCACCCUCACUCACUUCCCCAAGGCAACGUGCAAGCAACUGGCUUUCUAUCCAUGGUGACUAUCAUCAUAUACAGUACAUUUUACCUUUAGUUACCAGUACUAGAAUUACCUUGUAGCUUAACUCCCUGCAUGCUUUAAUAAUUCAACUUUAAUUUUAAUUGCUAACUUUAUUGUAGAGUAGUGUAAAUCUUAAUUUAGUGUACCACAGACAUUGCUGUGGAUCGCUGUUUCUUGGUCACUAUAAGAGCAGAGUUUUAUUCCCAUGUCAUUAUUUGGGAAUCUUCUAUUGGGGUCUUUGUAUUAGAUUUCAACAUCUACCCAUCAACUACAACAUUUGGGGUUGUGGGUGAAAGGAUUGAUAGGGCAAAAGAAAAAUAAUAAUAAUAUGAAGACCUAUUACUCCUGUCAAUUUAUAAUUCUGUAGUUGAUAAACAGACGAGUGUUUUAGUCCCUUUCUAAUCUUGUAAUACAAGAGACAGCAAUACAAGUACUACUCAGGUACCUCCGGGAGCAACCACAGCAAUGUCUCUAGUUAUGCUUUCUAAUAUAGCAGCUGAAUAAAACUGAAAUGUGUACCUACAUUUUCUGAACUACUCAAUUAAUUCAUUUCUGUCAGUUUUUUGUCCUUGCCGACUUCAUCUAACAUGUGUGAUGCAACGUAUAGUAUUUGGUUCUUCAAUAUGUAAUGCAAUGCAAUUAAAUUUUACAAAAGCAAAUUUAAUUACUCAUCGGUUCUUGUUCAUAAUAACAAUUUUAAUAAUAUGAUUAUUUUUAAAACUUGUCUUUGCUUGUAGUCAUAGCUUUAGUUCACUAUAGUUAACAUUGAUAGGGAAAGAAGAUCUCAUGUGCCAAAGCUUUCAUUUAACUCUACAUGUGAUUUGAAUUGUGCAGUUUGUUAUUGCUCAGCUCUAGGAAUAUUAAUUUAUUCAGACUUUAGAAAAUACAAUCAACUCUCCCUCUGAUCUCCCUCUAUUCAUAUAUGUAGUUUAUAAUAGUAUAAUAUAGAACUACCAUAUUUGUGGAUUUAAGUGUUCUGGGUAUUGCAUGGUCUAAAAUCUCUUGAGUACUGAAAGAAUUGUUCAAUAUAAUCAGUGCUAUGGUCUACAAGGACCUUCUAAGUGAACAUUAGACUGAUCAGAUCGACUUUGCAUACCUAAAAAAUCAUCACCCUGGACAUGUAUUAUUUUGUUCUACAGCAUAACCCCUUUGGUAGGCACUACAUAGCACAGUACUCCAAAACAAGAAGACACAAGAACAGUUCUUCCCACAAACCACUCUGAUGACGUUAAAUCAGUCAUACAGUGUCAAUAACCCUCUACCACCAAAACCUCUAUUUACCCCCAAUAUAGAUCAAUGGUUCCCAAACCCUCACAGGGGGUUGAGAGGAAAACUUUAAAAAAUAUAUACAGUAGGUCUAUAUCUCAUUCAGCAUUUCAUUCAUUUCUGUUAAGAAUGUAGAUUAUCAACUAGGUCUAAACUUUGAAGACCUGAUGUUCAAUUCACACAGCCUCCACUCUCUCAUUAACAACCUUGUCUAUUAGAAAAGUAUGCAGUCAAAACAAUCAAAUGGCUAAUAGAACAAUGGUCAAGUGUCAGGGAGAAGAAAACACUGAAUUUGUGUUUGAAGCCGAUUAAGUAUGUUUGAUUGUUACAGAGUCAAAAUUCAUCCAAAUCCUUAACUUGCUGCAGUUAUUGUGUUCACUGUUUGGGUUCAUUGUACAGUUUAUCAGUUGUUCUUUACUGUUAUUGUUAUGAAUUGAUUAUAAUAUGAAUUAAAGGGGAACUUGGCAACUCUAGCCAUUUCUUCGCUGGUUUUCACUUUUGUCAUCGCAUGUAAACCAGAUCAAAAUCGCCAUGCACGCCACACCAUGGGCAUGCCGUUUGACGCACAGUCACAAGUAGCACAAGUUUUUAUCUACAGUUUAUUUUCAUUGUACUAACCACUUUUGAAAUUGAUUUGAUAUAUUCCCUAGGAGGAGUUCGUUCAAAUAAAACACGCGAUUUUUGGUAUGUGAGCUACAGGCACCACUCUACACGUGCCCUGUGAAUUUCAUAUUCAUAACUAUUACGGUCUCCGCACAGUGAUUUACCCUGCCACCAGAGCGCCACCUAGUGGCAGAUUGUUGACACAUUUUUUAGUGAGCCUCAGGGAGCCAUGGGCAAUCAUCGUACC